AAAUAGUUGGAUUUUCAGUAGGAUGAAGCUGAGAUUUAUGGAAUUGGCAACUGUGAAUUCUUCAUUAUCGAUACGUUCGCUUAACUCAAUAGAAGUAACCUUUUAAUUAAUAUGCUCACCAUGCCCAGAUAGUGCCAGUUACAGCCUGCCUACGAAAUGGACUCAUUCUUUCCACGGUGCUACAGUAAAUUAUUCCCAAAUUAUACCUUUAUAGUAGCAUAGUUUUAUUAAAUUAAUGUAUAAACAGCGAUCAAAACGUGAGUGUGUUUUAAGUUAAAUGUGGGUCUCAGUAAUAAAAAAUAAAAAAGAGAUUAAUGAAAACUGUCGGGUUGUGUGAGUCCCAGUCCUACCGCUCGCUCGCCUUCUGGAGCUGGCAGUGAAUUCCCAAUGAGCAUGAUUGACGUUAGAGUGCUGACGAAGGCGGGCUUGGACUAGAACAGGGACAACAGGCAUAUACACGGAUUAUUCCGAAAUCGCUUUGCAAUUACCUGCUAUGAGAAUAUGAAAAUGAAUUGAAACAAUGUUUGAGUCGACAUAUCAGUAGAGCUUUGGUGUCCUUGAUGACAGGACAAAAGGAAAACAUUGAGGAUAGCCAAACACUUACCAUUGAAGUUGGAUAUUAGUAAAAACAGUCAGUGCCACAUGCAGAAGAUGGACUUUGGAGAAGUCAACACAGCCACAAAACCUCCAAUAGGGAAGAGGAUGAAGUCCCGAGCCCCUCCUCCGCCCCCGGCCCCCGAGCCCGCCCCCAGGAGAAUCUUCCGUAACGCCGUGCCUGAUGGGGGAGGCUCAGCGCAGGGCAGUAUGGGCAGCAUGGUGAUGGACACCAAGGAGAACAUGAUGAGGACCAGCGUAGACCUCCACAUCACUCUGCCUCAAGGCUACCAGACCAYCAGCACAGUGGACGGCAGCAAGGCGCUCAUGGACCUGUUGGUGGAUCUGUGCAGCCGGUACCACCUGAACCCAGCCUAUCACACCCUGGAGCUGCUGUCCAGCGAGGGCCUGUCCCUAGCCUUCAAGCCCAACAGCCUGCUGGGGUCCCUGGACGUUGUUGCCAUAAGCAUCAGGGAGAAAGUGUUGCAGGACAAAGUGGUGCGGAAACCUCCGCCUAAAGUGCCAGAGAAAACGGUGCGUCUGGUGGUGAACUACCACAGGAGCCAGAAGGCGGUGGUGAGGGUGAGUCCCCUGGCGCCCCUGGAGAGCCUUGUCCCAGCCAUCUGUGAGAAGUGUGAGUUUGACCCGUCCCAUGUUCUGCUGCUGAAGGACAAUGUCAGCAACCACGAGCUGGAGCUGGACAAGUGUCUGAGCGAGCUAGGCAUCAGAGAGCUCUACGUACUGGACCAGACUCUUGAAUACUUCUGUUCCAACACCUCAAGUGUCGGUGGGGCCGAGAAGAAAGGUCUGCUCGGAUUCUUAAAGUUCAACAGAAGGAAAUCAAAGGGCCUGUCAACAGUGUCCAUCGUGCCCUGUGUGGACGCGCGGCCCAGCACCCUGGGCCAGUCCCAGUCCGCCAUGAACAUCUCCAGGAUGUCCCCCAGGAUAGAGAUUAAGAAGAGGCGGGCCCCUCCGACCCCGGCCCCCACACCCUGCCAGGGCUGCUACACACUGGAGGCCUACCAGGUGGCUCCUGACUCAGAGAGUACACUGAGGAAGAGGAAGGCCCCGGCACCCCCUGCUACCUCUGUCACCCCAGCUCCUAGCACCCCAGCACCUCUCACCUCUGUCCAGAUGGCCCCCUCUCCCUCCCCAGCCCCCAGCUCGCCUACCCCCAGCCUGCCUGCGGAGGAGGACUCUGGCUCUGAGCUGAGCAAUGUGUCUGUCUACAGCAGUAGCAGUAGUGGGGUCGCCGCCGGCACCUCUGUCGCUGACACCUCAAUGGCCGACUCUGAUUCCGCCUCUAGCAGAGCUGAUGUGUCCAAGCCCGGCCCUGAUUCCACCCCCAGCAGCAUUGCUGCCAUGGCUGACUCCUCCCGAGACUCCUCCCCCAGCAAGGUUGACACCGGCCCCAGGAGCAAGACUAUGGUCAAUGUCGCCUCUUACUCCGCCCCUACCAGCAAGGUUGAAAAGGUUGACUCCGCCCCCAGCAGCAGUACUGACAAGGUCAAGCCCACCCCCGACUCGUCCCGCAGCACCACACCGGAGGAGACCAGAGGAGAGUCUGCUCUUGGCCUGAAACUAGACGAGAAAGAGAACAACAGACACAGUGCCAUGGGUGCUGAGCGUCCAGUGCCACUCAAACCUCUGCGAACCCCAGUACGGGAGCUCCCCCAGUUAGUCAUCCCCUCACCCCCGCCGUACCCUCCCCCUCCCUCAGACCCAGACUUCCCCGAUGCCUCACCAGAGAGCCACAUGGAGGAGGCCCCUCAGUGUAGGUCUCUCAUCCCAGCUGACCUCUAUUGGACUGCCUUUCCCUCCGGAAGACAACCACUCUCCUUCCAACCUUCAUGUCUUCCUCUAACUCCUCUCCUUUUUCAGUUCUACUGCUGUGCCCCUACCACAGAUAACAUUGCAACUAGAUUAGCUUAUUUUGAUUCAUUAUACAGCUUUCUUCUGUCAGUUGAUAAUACUGAUGAUUAUGUUGUUGAUGAUGAUCAUGUCUACCACCCCUCUACCCGGACCCCAGCUUGGCUGCACUCUCGGCGGCUCUCUGUGGCAGGACCCCAGACCCCAGACAUAGAGGUGGAGGAGACUUUAUCCAUGGGCAGCAGUGGCAGUGGCAGCUUCCAGGACCAGGGCUAUGCAGCCUCCGAGGGCAUGGCUGAGGACUCUGGCCUGGUCAGCUCCCCCUCGGUCUCUGACACCACUCACCCUACCUCCCCUGACGGGAGCCUCUCCCUGGGCUCUUCUGGCUCCUCUCACCCCAUGAUCCAUCCCCUCACCAAGGACUGUUCUAGUGAUAGUGACGAGGGCUGUGCCACGUGGGGCUCCAGACACAGACACAGCAGUGAUAUCAGCCACAACGACAAAGCAGGCAAAACAAACGACAUCUAUGAAGAGGACCCAGAGCUCACCGCUCAGCUCAACCAGACUCUGGCUGAUCUGGAUGCUGAUCUAGCAAAUAUAAGUCACAUAGAUGCGGUUUCAGUGCAAGAGCACCCCUACGUGAUGUCCACUGAGAGCAAUGAUAUCCCAGUGUCUGUGGUGGAUAUGGAGGUCCCAGUCACAGCCAUAGAUGAAGUCCUGGAGGACUACGAGACACAGAGCAUGACGGAUCACCAAGCCACACUAAUGAGUAGCUCUCAAACAACAGACAAUAAAGACCUGAACCACAGUCAUCAUCAUUCAAGUGUUGGUGGCAUACAGAACAAAAACAACAACGCCUGUAUGUCUGACGGCUCCAGCAAAGUCAGCUCUGCUCAACCACAGCCCGCGCAGCGCCUCAAAUCACCAGGGAAGAAGCUUGCCAAUGGCACCAUGCGGAAAGACCAUACAGCAGUGAUCUCUAAGACUAAAGUUGAAGUUAAAAGACGGGAGUCCGCUGAUGGAGCUGAGAGGAAAGCCUCACCUGUCAACAGCUCUCUCACUGUCCCGGAGAGCCAUUCCAAGUCCCCUGAGGAAGAGGUUCCRACCUAUAGAGGCCACYCUGCCUCCCAGMCACAAARMAAAAUCACKUGUAGCCCAGUCUCRCGAUURGGUAUGAAGACAUUCACRAUCGUCCCUCCCAAGCCKMRAGUUGCAACCCAGCCUCAGAAGCCAGCAGAGGCCACGGCCACUCUGACAACAGGUGCCAUUAGAAUUGACGAUCAGGGUAACAUGGUCAAAGUGCCCAUCGCCCGAAACAAGUUUGGCGGUUCCUCUGAGUCUGGGAUCAACAAAGAUGACUCCGUCUCACCACUCCUGGGGAAAGCCAAAGCCUUCUGGAGCUCCACGGAGAAGCAGGACACUUCUGCACCUUCGGUCCCCACUAGUAGAGGACCUGUCCCUUUCACAAAGACCCAGAGCCCAGAGCCUGAGGUUCCUAAAACCACCCCACGGGUUGUAGCCUCUGACCCACCUGCAGCCAAGGAAACACCUAAGGCCUGUGAACCUGUAGCCAAGAUGACACCUAAGGAAACAUGCAAAGAUGUUGUUGAGGUAACAAAGGACGUCUCACAGGAAGCAGAGGGCAAGGCCCCAGUUCCAGUUUCAGAGACACCUGUGCAGCAGCAGCAGCCUAUGAAAUUGAACACUGGUAUUCUCCAAGAUCAGAAGAGAAACCUUUCUUUCCUCAAGCCGUCCAGGAGAACAUCCAGUCAGUACGUAGCUUCUGCCAUUGCUAAAUACGUUGUGAAGCCCACCAUGGCCAAAGCUGACAACAUCCAAGAAGUAACAGCAGAGUUGUCUGUCCCCGUGAGAAAGCCACCUGGCAGUUACGGCUAUCAGAAAGAGGGUCGAUCCUUUCAUGUAAAUCCACAGCGGUCCUCUGGUACAUCUACUAAUGUACCAGUGAAGAAGGAGAGCAGCUCUGGGUCUGGAUCCUAUCACGCCGGUGCUAAAUGUUACCCUGACUACCUCUCAGCAGAGAAACAGGUAGUCUCUGGUGAGUCGACGCAAGGAGUGGACCGGAGUGGUUAUAGGAGCAGUUCUAGCCUGCGAGGUGGAGGAGGGAGCUCCAAGUCACUGGACUCUGAUACAGUGGCCAAUAACACUAAGCAGCAUGGGUCCAACAGUCCCAGUCCCAGACAGCAUACACCGAUGACACCCCCAGCACCACAAUCCCCCACUAAACAGGUACCUGCCGUCUCCAGGCCCUCGCAGGGUCKACCACCUGCACAGAGCAGAUCAGAGACAGUAGGUCCCAAAGGUCAUCCAGCCCUGGCAAAGAAGCCUGAACCACCGCUAUCGGCUGCAGCUGCUGCCAGCAACAACCUCCCAGAGCCCCAGCAGGUCAGUCUGUUUGGGCCGGUGAAGAAGUUCAAACCUGUGAUCAUGAAGUCGGUCCAGAUGGACACGUCGCUACACACCACUCUGAUGUCGGUCAUCCAGUGUGGGAUGGAGGAGAGGCUUAGAAAGAUAUCGGACUCAAGUGCAAGCAGCACUUUGAAGAAAUCGUUCUUUGUUGAGGAAGAGAAUGAGCGAUGUGCCCUACUGGCAGCCAUUAGAGGCCAAGUAACUCUGCAGGGCCCGUCAAGUGGGUCUAUGUAUCUGGACUACCAUUGUUCCCUUCUCUACGCUCCACAGACCWUAUCCCAGGCUGCAGAGGAGCUUGACAAGUUCAGGAAGACUGAGGAGAACAGAACUCUGUGUGAUGCCUUCCCUGCCAUGCCUCCCCCUCCUCCAUUUGUGCCUCCUCCACCCCCCUCUAUGCUCCCUCCUCCUCCUCCUCCUCCUGGCCCUCCCUCCACUCAGCCCAAYCCCACUAUGAUGGGGGUGCCCCUGGGGGCUGGGGGGAAUCCCGCUCUGGCCCGGGAUGCAAUGCUUGAGGCCAUCCGCUCUGGCUCUGCAGCUGAUCGCCUGAAGAAGGUCAAUGCCCCCACAAAAACAGUUCAAGUGAACGGUAGACUUGGUACUAUACAAGCAGCAUCAUCCCUCUCACAAGAACAAUAAAGAAUCUUCCAGAAUGAUUCCAGAACAUCUUGCAAACCGUCUGAUUAGAAUUGUCAUAGGCAGCCAAAUAAUAUAUGUUAUCUUUCAGCUUAAUUUAUCACUGUCCUUAUGUAUAUGUAUCCAGUUAUUUGUACUUCAAUAGUUCCAAUAAUUGGAAAGAUUAAUCACUGUACAAAAGCAUGUGCCAAUAAUUUUUGUUGCUUUUGAAUAUUUAUUAGCUGCUCUUGCUGAUAAUAAUAAUCUUAGGAAAUUAUUUUAGUUUUAUUUUUUAAAACUUUUUAAUACUAGUCCACAUGGAAUUGAUGCCUCAUGCUGUCUUACUGUCAGUGUUAUUUUUGAUUAUUACAUAUUAUAUAUUCCAUGUCGUAGGAUGCAGUGGAUCAGACUCCUUGAUAUAGUGCAAUGAGUAACACCGGCCAAGCAUGACACAAUUUGGCUCCAAGGGACUCUCCUCUCCAGGUGGUGAUUGGGAAUGUAUCCCAAAUGGCACGCUAUUCCCUAAAUAGUACACUACUUUUGACCAAGCCCUAUGGGCCCUGGACAAAAGUAGUGCACUAUAUAGGGAAUAGGGUACCAUUUGGAACGAAUUCUAGUUUAUUUUGCAAAGCUCUGGGUUUUUAGAUCUCGUCUAUGCUGCUGUUCAACCUUUGCAUGUUUUUAUUCUUUGAUUUAUAAUGCCUCUUAAUAUAUUUAUUUAUCUUCAGAGAAAAGAUUACUAACAUAUCCUUUCUUGACAUUACAAAAUAAUUUUUGAAGCAUUUCUGUUUGUGUAACUAUUGGUGAAUAAUAUCACCAUGACUGAGUAAAAUAUUCUACUAAUCAAUAGAUAUAUGAGUAACGAACAAGAGGUAUGGGCUGUUACUCCAUUUUCAGAAAAAAAAGUCUGAUUACUAUUUGCUAUGAUUUUAUUGUUUAUUUAAUCACAAAGUGUUCUAUGUUGUUUGCAUGGGGCUCCAAUGUACAGCUUUUUGUUGUUGUAUUCAACAGUAGAUCUGAUGUGCAGUACUGUACAUGAGCUUGUGUCUCUCUAGACGUUUUUGGCAUUACUAUUGUAGUUGAAAGAAAGAAAAAGUGAAUAUAAUAUAUUUUAUAAAUGAAGUACUAUCAARAUUGAUCAGAAUGACUGAAUGAUAGACUUAAAGGGCCACCCAGUAUAAAGCAUGUAAAUAGGGACCACAAGAUUCUAGACUGGUCUGUCAAAAGAUGGAUUCAUAAGUUGUCCAGUUCCUUAAAAUUCAGUUUAGAUGUUUACUUAUGUUCUAGAUCAGGGGUAUUCAACUCUUACCUUACGAGGUCUGGAGCCUGCUGGUUUUCUGUGUUACCUGAUAAUGAAUUGCACCCACCUGGUGUCCCAGGUCUAAAUCAGUCACUGAUUAGAGAGGAACAAUGGGGGAAAAAAACAAAGGAACUGUCUUCGAUGUUCCGAGUUGAGUUUGAAGCUAGAAAGUUGUAUAUUUUGUAAACUACAGAUCAAUUAUUACAGUAAUAAACUGUUGAAAUUUGAAAUAAACAGAAUAAUAUGAAUCCAAUAAAAUUGAGUUUUAUAAGCUGUUGCUUUUUUAUGUUUUUGGAAGGAUUUCACAUUUUAUUUGA